AGGUCGAGGGUUCUGGAACCACGCCUCCCAUCAGCAUCUGCAUGAUUCGAGGAAACAGAAACCAACUAUGGCCCCUGACCUUGAAACUGCCACACCCAGGCUGCUACUCAGAAAAAUCUUCCAGACUCAGCCAGAGGUUUCACCUGUGGUUCCUAAAAUAACUGAGCCCUGGGAACCUAGAGAGUCUGGAUCAGAAACCCACUCAGAAAGGCUUUCUAAUACUAGCAUGAAGAUACAGCUGCCAGACCUUGUUUCUGAGGAUACAGCUAUAAUUACAUUUCACACGAGUAGGAAUAAAAGGAAAUUGAGCAUUUCUGAAUUUGAGAGAGCAGUGGAUAAGCGAUCUUCUCAAAACCUGGCCGAGUCAAUGUCAGUUGACAAAUCUUCGACAAGAUCCCUACAAGCUUCUUUUUCUACCCCGGUUCCACCAAACACUAUUGAAAAAAGAGGCUUACUCCGGAGGCCAAAGAAUCGCAAAACUGUCAACGUGGAUUCUUUUGAAGGAGGUGUGGAGCAAAAUUUGUUACAGAUAAAAGAUGCAGAAAACUAUCUUGUGGAUUCACAAGCAGUAUCCAUGAUUGGGACAACUGUGAUGAUGAAUGAUAGCAAAAUCGCCUUGAAUAACACAGAGCUCUUCGUUCAGCCUCAGCUCAGUGAGAAAAGCCAAGGAAGACUCUCUGCUCUUGAACCACAGCUCUUGGCAAGGAAUGCUCUAGAACGAGGGAGUAGAGCUUUCAACAUAGCUGAGCCGGAGUCCCAGAAAGAGAACUUAGCAUCUAAUGUGGAUCCAGAGGAAGAAAUGGUACCGGAAGACCAUGAAGACUCUGCCCUGGAUCAUGCUGAUAGGUCAGGCCCUGCAUCUGUGGGGAAAGCUGGAAGCCCACCCAGGGACCAUCAAGAUUAUGCUCAACAGAGCAGUUAUGCCGAACAGGUUUCUGGACUGGUAUCUGGCAUCCAGAAAGAGCCCUUGACAUUGAAUGUGAAUCCAGAGGAAGAAAUGGUACAGGGAGAUCAUGAGGACUCUGCCCUGCAUCAUACUGAUAGGUCAGGCCCUGCAUCUGUGGGGAAAGCUGGAAGCCCACCCAGGGACCAACAAGAUUGUACUCAGCAGAGCAGUUACGCAGAACAGGUUUCUGGACUGGUGUCUGGCACUUUUCAUAGACAGACCCUUUCUACCCCUGCUGUCACCACAAGUCAAGGCAGACAUUUGGGCUCCCUGUCAGCUCGGAGAUCCACCCGCACAUCAUUGAGGGAAUUUGUUGCCCAUGUAAUUGAGAAGCUGAACUGUGGAAAUGAAGAAGAUGGGAUGACUGAUACAGAGCAGAAAAUGGUGAAGGAUGGAGCUGAGAAGGAAGGAAUUGCCAGGGAAGUUACAGAGCUCCAGUCAAAUAUGGAAUAUUCUGAAAAGCUGGGGGAGAAACUAAGAAAACAAACAGCAUCACAUAUUAAUGAAAAAAGGCAAGCCAGAACUCAGGUGACCCCAGUAGAAGAGGAAGUGAUGAUCGAAGAUGCUGAAAACCAAGACUCUGGCAAAGAUGUUGUUGAGUAUCCUGAAAAUGCUGGAGCCAGAAGGUUAAGCAGGCAGUCCAGUGCCGCCUUCACUCGGUAUUCUGAACCUACCAGGAAGAAAUCCAUAGAAACUGUGGAACAGACAGUUGAUCUGGAUGAUGGAGCUGUUGUAGAAGACACGAGUGAACUUGAAGAGCACAAAACAGGGGAAGAGGAGAUAAGUGAGGAUGGUGCUAAAAGUGAAGAACUUUCCAUGGAGAUGCCUGCAUUUGUCCGUGCUAUGGCCGACCAGGUCUCUCCUUCGCUAUCAACCCCACGUUCUCUAAAAAUGGCUGUGCCCAAGUUAUCCCCAAAGCCUCCCCCAGCCAAACAGGCUCCAAAGAAAAAUAGAACAGAGCAAAGAAGAAAGCGGGAGCCUGCGCUGCCAAGCAGCCUGGUGAAGAAGAUAUUUCGCCAUUAUGUGAAAAUGCCAGUGGCCAGAGAUGUAUUCAAGGUUGUGGAAAAGUGUUCAGAGCAGUACUUCAAGCAGCUGAGUGAUGACUUGGAAGCUUACACCAAGCAUGCUGGAAGGAAGACCGUGGAGAGAGCUGACCUGGAACUCCUCAUGAGAAGACAAGGGCUGGUGACAGACGAGAUGCCCCUCAACGUGCUGAUAGAGCGCCACCUUCCUCUGGAAUAUAGGAAGCUACUGAUCCCCGUUGCCACAAGUGGAAAUAAAGUGAUCCCUUCCAAAUAGAUGUGCGCUGCCUGCAGUGUCACUCAGAUAGAAACAUUGCAAACCAGGAGAGACUGACUUACACUGUGUGACAGUAACAAUUUGUUUGCCUCAGUAUGGUGGUGUUAGUGCCAUUCUGGGUUUCUAAAGGCCACAUGAGGUUAUUCUCUUUUAAGUUGACCCACAGAGGUCUGUUAAGACACCACACCAGUUUAUUAUUAGUCAAACUGGUCUCCUAAAAAUGAACAGUGAAGACCUGCCGUUUUAAAUAACUUCCUUUUCCUGCAUUUAUGUUCCAGCACAUCCCUGGAAAGCCAUGUCUG